AUGGCAUCAAUCUCCAAGAUGGACUACGACGAGCUGUUCCAGCUCGACCUCCCUGCCAAGAAGGGUUUCAGACAGCCGUACACGGCAAUCGAGGUAGCUCGCAUGGUGUAUUUUGCACAGGAACGGAUGAGGGAGGAUGGUGACAUCCCCCGUGCCGUCUGGAAAAUCGCAGCUGCCAAUAACGUAACAAACCAUUCGGCGGACAGCAUGGACUCUCACUACAGAAAAAACCUGAGAAAUCUCACUGAGGAUCAGAGACAGAAGCUUAUGGCGGACGCCGCGGCGACACUGCGCGCCACAAUGUUGCCCGAGAAGGCUCAGUGCGAAUUCGAUCCCGAAUCGAAGUUAAAAGGUGAUGCUAACUCGGCCGUGGUCGUCGGCGAUACGGAGGUGCAUAGCAUCAUAUCGCGAAUCUGUCGUGAUACUGGUCAGGACAAGCUGGCGGUGGCACACGCACUGUACUUUUACAGUGGGUGUAUCGAAAAUACUGUCGCCUUCCUGAACGGUGGCCCACCGGGCAGUAUUUGGUGCGAUGAAGAUGACAAGAUUUUAACGAGCUCGUUGGCCCUCCAACAUGUAAGCGAGUUCACCAUAGCCGAGGCGGAGCGUCGCGGUUCCUUUGCGGGUAUGAAGGUUCCACGUACCAACGCUUCCAUUAUGGAACGUGCCUUGUUUUUAAAGUAA